GAAUAGGGUUGCCUCGUUAUAACGAGAGAAUCUGACGUCACAAUGAUGUGACGUCACAAUUGAUUGCUUAGUUAUCAAAGAAGUAGAAAUGGCUGUGAACGAAACCCUAGGAAGGUUUAUUUUGGCGAAGAUAGAAAUGCAAUGCCAUUGUAAAGUUCCUUCAGAAAAUCUGGCAUUAGCUGUCACCGGAUCCAUCCCCCAGUUAGGGAAUUGGAACCUGGAAGAAGCUCUUAUUGCAGAGGAAGUUCCGAUGCACCCAGGAAAAUGGGUUGUAGAGGUCAAAUUGCCAAUAGGCACGAUUUUCCAUUAUAAAUGGGUGGUAGUAUGGCGGGACAGCCUCAGACCCUUUGCUUGGGAAGAUGUUGGAAGAAGACUUACCCACAUUAGAGAAAGUGGAAUAUAUAUAUGUGGUUGGGAAACUGAGGCUGUCUUUCAAGCUGUAUCCGAAAAUUCAGCAGGGUUCUGGUCGCACUUGAAACGUGCACAAAAUGCACCACCUCGCUAUGUACUCUUCAAAGCGGUGUACAAUUUCAUCAAGCGUGGAAUAGUCUGGGUAUGCAGCUGGAUAUGGCAGAAAGUACAGAGAUUAUGGCGCCCACCACCACCACCACCACCACCACCCCAUCAAGAUUCCACCAUCGGGGUUUAAUUUUUUUUACCCGUACUGUACAGUUAUUUAUUUCUUUUUUGGUACGAUUACCCAUUUCUAAUUUAUAAAAUA